AUGUUCCACCCACACGACCAAGAACAAGACUUUGCAACAUGUAUCGAAAUUGGCAAGACGAGCGAGCAGAAGUAUCACACCGACCGAGCCAUCAUCUGGAAGCACGAGCCGGCCUCCAACACACGUUGCUGCUCCGGCUCCUUCCACUAUACCAGCGCGGCGAUUGUCGACGACGCCAUCCACUGUCGCAACACCUGCUUCGACAAGCAUGCGUACCCCUUCGCUUGUCUCGGGAUCUUCCGUUUCAACAUUCGACAGUCCAAGGUCGACGGCUUUGCGAAGGAAGCAGUCCGGCGCGAUCGAGAGGUCGGCGCCAGGCAGCAUCUUGCCAAGAAAGAGUCUGCACCCAAGAGUAGUACAGCACCCCAGGCAGCCAAAGCAUCCACGUUGGCAAAGAAGCCCUCCCGGAGAAAACUCACCAAGGCGCAGCUUCCCACCUCGGCGAGCAAAAGACCUUUGCAAGCGCCACCAGAGCUAGCCCAUCUGAAUGUAGACCCUCCGAAACAGAAGCCAGAUUCGCAGAAACCGUUGCCCCCACCAAGACCAAGUCGCGAUGGGACUUUGAAUCUUGCAGAUCUCAGUCGACCGUCCCCUGUGGUACAGAGCGAUCUUCCAAGACUGUAUACGACCUAUCAUAAACGGACACCUUCGCAAGAAACUCCUGACCCUACUUCAUCACCCCGAUCGAAAAGCCGUUUGGGAUUCUCAUCAAGGACGACUUCAAGGACGGGUUCCAGGAACGAGUCGCCUCGAAUAGAUUCUGCCAUCUCGCCUCCACCCUCUGCGCGGCGCUUUCAUAGAGGUCCCACCCCAGAUACUGCCACACAAGAAGGCGUAGCUCCUUCCCGCAAGGACUCACCGGCAGUAGGUCCAGGUCCGAGUCCAUCGAAAUCACCAAGGUUCGGCAUCUUUUCACGAAAGCCUAAGGCAGAGGCAAAGGUCGUUGAGAAGCCUGUACGCCGGCCUUCCAAAGGCCCAGCUGCGGGUACUGGCCAUGAGGGCUAUGGCAGAUUCAGUAGUCGUGGCCGCAACGGGAGCACAAGCAGCAGCGCUGGAUUUCGAUCGCCCAGCGCAGAUAGCACAACUAGCAGUGCGCCUCGUCCAAGCAACGCGUCGUCAAGACGGAAAGGCAGUCGUGGUAGCAAGGAUGCUGCGGAACUUGACGAAUUCCUCCGCGAGCGUUUGGAGCCAAGAGUCUUGCGAGGCAGUGGCAGCACUUUCAACACUGGCUCAAGCUCCGACUUUGCAGGCACGAGUCUGUAUCCGGCCUCGUCCAAGGCAUCCUCACUCGACAGUUAUCCGCAUCCUCAGCUUCUGCCAUCGGCAAUGCAGAGUAAAGACAGCGUCUCAUCCAGCAGGCGUCCCGUGCUUGCCAGAAACAAUACAUCUGAGAGCUCGGAUACCGAUUUCGAGGUUCAGCAACCUACCAUUGCUGCUCGGCGCUCAUUGACUCGACUAUCGCAAACAGAUUCCAAGUCGCCUGUGCGAGUGCCUGCACCCAUCAACACUAGCUUGGCCCCUUCAACCACAACAUAUAUCGACAGCAAUGAUACAGAGACUGUAUGGCCACAGACCGACAGUUCGAUGCCACCAUUUGAAGAUCCUUUCCAUGGUAAAGAAGGCCUGUGGUUGCGUUCGCCCACACAAGAGCCUAUUGCCAAGCAGGGGCGGAAGUGGAACUUCUUUCAGCGAUCAAAGGGCAAAGCGAAGGCUAUGGAUCCACCAACUAUGAUCGAAAUGCCUCCGCGGUCACCUCAACGGGCAGUAGCGCACUAUGCUAUGCCGGAUUCUCAGGAUCCUCUCAAUCUCGACGAGGUCCGUCGCCUAGUGCUGGACAACGAGACCUCUCAAGACGAAUCAGCGUCUGACUCCAAUAGGCUCAGCAAGAUUGUGCCUUACGAAGGUCGUCAUCUGAGUCUGCUGCCCUCGCCGCCCAGUCCUGGGUUUAGCAGUGACUCGUACUUCAAAGCAAGACCUCUGCUUCCAAGGAUUUCCGUGCAACGCCAAGACUCCCCGGAUACGCCCGAGGUACUUGAUGCGCCACCAUACCAAGCAGCACACGCCGUGAACAUUGCGCAGUCACCUGGUCAAGGGCAUUUGAACAGCCUUGCGGUUCCGUCAGAUCCCUCAUCCGUCUUGCGUCCUGCCAUCGGCACUCCCGAGCCGGAUUCGACUUCAAAUACUACGCCUGACCUAGGAAAUGAGUCGCCAAGACAGCCCCGGCUUUCGCCAAUUGGGAGAAUACCUGCUGUAGUGUCACGACGAGAUCGAGAUCGAAAGCUGUCCGACAAUUCUUUCUCUCGACCAUUUGCUCGUCACCAACCACGUCCGACCGUAAAGCCGCCCGGUUCAGUGUACAGCCAGAUUAGGGAAAUGGCAAGCCCUAUCGAAGUUGGCUCGCAACCUGUUUCCAGCACUAGUACAAGAUCUGAUUUCAAUUCCACUGAAAUCAAAAGCAGUGUCAACACCAAUCAGGCGAGCACAUCGACAAACAGGACAAGUAUGGACAUCCACAAUCACACUGAAUUCUUCGUAUUUCCUCCUCGAAAGAACUCCGAGCAGUCAUACCAGUCCGGAUCAACAAGCUCCGGGUACCCUAGCUGGACGAAUGCGCUGUAUCCGCCACCGCAACAGUACGAGGAUGUGUGGGACGAGUAUGACGACUUCAUGGACGAGCAUGUGCCUCUCAAGAAGGCGAAGGCUAAGAGAUCACUCGGCGCACCAUUUCAGUACCCAGAUACGGUUCAUGGCGGCAGCAUACGAUCUCUAGUUCCUCCACCAGCAGGUCAACCUCCAACCUCAGAACUUCCAAUCCCACCUGGAUCCGAGGUAGCCUCGACCAUCCUUUCGGUGCCCCAGCAAAUCUCGCGGUUCCUCCAGCCCUCGUUGACGCCAAUGACCCCUGACACUAUCUCUGCGCUGAUCGGAAGCUAUGGAGGUCGUAGUACGAGUACACUUUUCAUCUCCAACCGGGACAGCAGCCUGACCGAGGCCAGACUUAGCACCCAGCAACCCCUGCGCUCAAGCUUCGGAAGUGUUCAGGGCAGCGUGAUGUCCUUGCGACACAGCAAAGGCUCCCGUCAUUCGCGCUCUGCAUCGCUACCUGAAGCGCGACAUUCGCAAGCUAGUACAGCGAUCCUCAUCCGGCAAGAACAGGAUGCGCAGCUACCAGAUAUUGUUGAGGUUCCUGGAGAGUUGUCGCCCUCAGCACGCUUACGUCAAAGUGCUCUGAUGACGAGCAAAUGGUUGUCUUUCGGGCGCGUGCUGUUCAGUCCAGCGCACAACGAACUUCAAUUCGUCAAUGAGCCUCGUGUACUUGUGCUGGACGGUCUCAGCAGUGACUGGUCGUUCUAUGUGGCCCUCAACUAUCCCGAAGCGACGGUCUAUAACAUGGGCGCUAGUCUCUCUGCAUGUCCUUCACUUUCCUGGCCAGCAUCCGAUGGUCCUCCGCCGCCAAAUCAUCGUCAGAUACCGCUCACAAGUAUUGCCGCGUCUUUCCCCUUCCCGAAAGGUUUCUUCACGGCUGUCGUCUUGCGAUAUCCUAUCGCCACUACCGAAACUUCGUACGCAGCAUGUAUAUCUGAGUGCAAGCGUGUGCUCCGGCCUGGAGGACAUCUUGAGGUUACCGUUCUGGACCUUGAUCUGAUGAACAUGGGCAGCAAAACUCGCAAAGCGGUCCGCGGAUUGAAGACAAGAAUGCAGCAACACGACCGAGAAGUCUGUCUACAGAAUCUCAGUGAUGUUCUGGUCCGUCUAAUUGGACGACGAGGAUUUGAAUCUGUACAGCGUUGCGUCGUCGGUGUACCAACCGCUGGUCGCAUUCCUCGCAGUCAAGACCUCAGCAGCUCCGGCUCCGCAUCAUCUGCCAUAUCAAAGCGUCCCAUCAAUCCUCCCCGUGGUGCUUCAGACAACGACUUCAGCUUCUCAAAUCUUCUCGUCGGCAACUACGGCAGCCAGUACGAGCCUGGCAAAAACAACGACGAAAGCAUCACAAAAAUGGUCGCCAAAGUCGGCCGUUGGUGGUACUCGACAUGUUACGAGAAAGCCCUUCUUUCCACUGAUCGAAGCAUCUGGAACGAAUCCGGCCUCGUGCGAGAAUGCGAGAAGCAAGGCACUAGCUUUCGACUUCUAAUUUGUCACGCACAGAAACCAUUGCAGACUCGCAGAAGGACUGCUGGACCUAAUUGGAAUGGAACGGAACAAUGGAGAGAGUAAUGAAUGUGAUGGAAAGACAUUUGAUUUUUCAACUUUUUUCUGCGAUUUAGCGAGCGAAAUCCUUUUUUUUUGUGACCUUUUUUUGGGCGGCCCCUCACGAACGAGAAUCUUUCCGUUUUAUGUCUGUCUGAUUUUGCAUAAUGGAAUGGACAAAGAUGAAGAAAGACGCAUUUAUGGCCUCACGGCCUACAUUAGGCUCGCGCCUGAAGUUUGGUAUAUAGGAAGGAAGGAAAGAAGGAGAUUAACAGAUGGCGUUGUGUGUUGUUCGUUAGUAGAGGGUAGGUGGUAUUGUGAAUCACUGAAAUGGAAUGAAUCUAUCUUGUUUCUCU